AUGGGCAAUACUAAAAGUAAAAAAGUUAAAAUCACUCAGUGCGAUACGCCGCAGACCGAAGGUGAAAACCGAGAACGAAUCAAUUCGAUUAAAACUGACAUAUCUGAUGCGACAGGAAAGGAAAUAGGAGCUGGCGAUAAAGAAUCAGAUCAAAUUGAAGAUAAGCAACAUGAUAAUGCUAGCAGUGCAUCAACAGUGGAAGUGUUGGACGACAAGUGA